UUCAUUGGUUAGUCCAGUCGUCCAUCAACAUCGGAGCACCGCCCACGCCACCGCGCUUCGACGAUAUAAACGGACGGAGCAGCGAGCCACGGAACAGCGACUGGCUUGGAGAAGCGAGGAAUCUUCUCAUUUGCGAGAGUUCAACGAAGAACGUCCGAAGGUUCAAUUUAACGACGGAGAUGCCUGGAUCUAAGGGAACAGCCAUCGGUAUCGACCUGGGCACCACCUACUCCUGUGUUGGGGUCUUCCAGCAUGGCAAGGUGGAGAUCAUCGCCAAUGACCAGGGCAACCGCACCACCCCCAGCUAUGUGGCCUUCAACGACACCGAGAGGCUCAUCGGCGAUGCGGCCAAGAACCAGGUGGCUCUGAACCCAUCCAACACCGUCUUUGAUGCCAAGAGGCUCAUCGGGAGGAGGUUUGAUGACCCAACGGUGCAGUCUGACAUGAAGCACUGGCCCUUCCAGGUGGUGAGUGACGGAGGGAAGCCCAAGGUGAAGGUGGAGUAUAAGGGGGAGAAUAAGACCUUUUACCCAGAGGAAAUCUCCUCCAUGGUGCUGACCAAGAUGAAGGAGAUUGCUGAGGCUUACCUGGGCUCCACUGUCACCAAUGCUGUCAUCACUGUGCCGGCUUACUUCAAUGACUCCCAACGCCAGGCAACCAAAGAUGCUGGUGUGAUAGCUGGUCUCAGUGUCCUGCGCAUCAUCAAUGAGCCAACUGCAGCCGCCAUUGCCUAUGGGCUGGACAAGAAGGCCAAAGGGGAGCGCAAUGUGCUCAUCUUUGACCUGGGUGGUGGAACCUUCGAUGUGUCCAUUCUCUCCAUCGAUGACGGUAUCUUUGAGGUGAAAUCAACUGCUGGUGAUACCCACCUGGGAGGAGAGGACUUUGACAACCGCAUGGUCAAUCACUUCAUUGAGGAGUUCAAGCGUAAAUACAAGAAGGACAUCAGCCAGAACAAGAGGGCGGUGAGGAGGCUGCGGACAGCCUGUGAGAGAGCAAAGAGAACCCUGUCUUCCAGCACCCAAGCCAGUAUUGAGAUUGACUCUCUAUUUGAGGGCAUUGAUUUCUACACCUCGAUCACCAGGGCUCGGUUUGAGGAACUGAAUUCUGACCUAUUCAGGGGCACUCUGGAGCCGGUGGAGAAAGCCCUGAGAGAUGCCAAGUUGGACAAAUCCCAGAUCCAUGAAAUAGUCCUGGUCGGAGGCUCCACCAGAAUCCCCAAGAUCCAGAAGCUGCUGCAAGAUUUCUUCAACGGCAGGGAGCUGAACAAGAGCAUCAACCCUGAUGAGGCCGUGGCCUACGGGGCUGCUGUCCAAGCGGCGAUUCUGAUGGGGGACAAGUCGGAGAAUGUUCAGGAUCUGCUGCUUCUGGAUGUUGCUGCUCUGUCGUUGGGCCUGGAGACGGCAGGUGGGGUCAUGACUGCACUCAUCAAGCGUAACACCACCAUCCCCACCAAGCAGACCCAGAUCUUCAGCACCUACUCUGAUAACCAGCCUGGUGUCCUGAUUCAGGUGUAUGAAGGUGAGAGAGCCAUGACCAAGGACAACAAUCUUCUGGGCAAGUUUGAGCUGAGUGGCAUCCCUCCUGCCCCUCGUGGUGUGCCCCAGAUUGAGGUGACCUUUGAUAUCGAUGCCAAUGGCAUCCUCAAUGUUUCUGCUGUUGACAAGAGCACUGGCAGAACAAACAAGAUCACCAUCACCAACGACAAGGGCAGGUUGAGCAAGGAGGAAAUUGACAGAAUGGUGCAGGAUGCAGAGAAGUACAAGAAUGAGGAUGAAAUGCAGCGGCAGAAGGUUGCAGCCAAGAACUCCCUGGAGUCCUACGCCUUCAACAUGAAGGGCUCUAUGGAGGAUGAGAAGGUGGCUGGUAAGAUCAAUGAAGAAGACAAGAAGAAGGUAAUUGACCUGUGCAACCAGACAAUCUCAUGGUUGGAGAGGAAUCAGAUGGCGGAGAAGGAGGAGUUUGAGCACAAGCAGAAAGAGCUGGAAAAUCUCUGCAAUCCCAUCAUUGCCAAACUGUACCAAGGAGCAGCCCCAGGGGAAUCCUGCAGGGCACAGGCUGGAAGUGCCACUUCCUCUGGACCAACUAUUGAGGAGGUGGAUUAAAGGACUAACGAAAAUGAGACUGUGUGGGUAUUGCACUGUGACUUUGGGCUUGCACUGUUUGUGUUCCCUGGCAGCUUCAGCAGGUCUGAUGCUGAGAGGUUGGCACUUGGGAAUAGAUCCCUCUGUAACAGCACUGGGUCAUGGCAAUGUCCUGAAUCAGGCUGUGACAUGUUGAUUGUAAAUAUUAAUAACUGGAUCUAUUGAUUUGCAUUGUUGUGUUUUCUAUAUUGUGGUAUUAUUGAAAAUCUGUCAUCUAUUUUUGGAAUAUUAGAUAUGUAAACAGUUUUUUAUCUUCUGGUUCACUUUGAAUAAAUCUUUUGAACUCUUAAA